AUGCUUACUCCUACUGUCGCCAGUCGUCUCAGCUGGCUUUAUGCCAUUGGCAACACACCUGCUACAAGUCUCACCCGCAGUGUCCCUAUUGGAAAGGAUGCAGAUAUCCUGAGUGUGGGGUGCGGCGAUGUUCGCAAUAUUCUUUUCACUUCCUACAUGGAAAGAGGGUUGGUCAGUAGGAAGAUUGACAUUACCUGCUGUGAUUAUGAUGAGAAAAUCAUCGGGCGAAAUAUUUUCUUUCUGACGCUGCUUCUUGAUGCUGUUGAUGAUGACGCCACGCCGAAUUAUUUGUGGGAGAUUUACUACCAUCUUUAUGUCGAUGAUAAAGCUGGGGAAGUUGUUCUGGAGCAUGUGAAGAAACUGCUGCCUCUGUUGGAGUCUCUCCAAGCGUGGAAAAAUGGCCCAUACGCAAAGACGAUAAAAUUCUGUGAUCAACAUACUCUUGAUGACACCCAUCAAGUGUGCCGCCGGAUUCUGUACGGUGCAGAGAAUCGAGGUACUGCAUCGUACGCCAGUUCUUUCAAGAAGCAUUUGGGAAAUACAUCUCAAGCACUCGAGGCGACUAUGGGCAAAGGCGGCAUCAAUCUGACGGGUAUGAGGUCCUCAGCACCAGUGUCGUUGCAAUCGCACGGUGAUAUGAUCAAGUCGUUUCAAACGUACUCCACCACUGGGACCGUCACGCCAAACUACGUCAAGGCUGGAAUCCCGAAUCCAAUGUUUGCUAGUCUUGUCUCGGAGACUGAGGUGUUUCAUUACGGAAGCGAUCCUACGCUUGGAUAUCAUUUGGCAACUGCUUUUGCACCGCUCGCUGAGAAUUCGCCUCUGAAGGGCAACGAGGACACGGACUUCAAGAUUGCGGAAGCUGCAAAGACGCAAUUCUUCGAGUGGGUUGCCGCGUUCAAAGAGAUUGCGCGUCGGAGGAUCGUGCUGCGGUUUCUUGUGGCUGACGUAUUUGCCUGCUGUCACACUUUGCAGUACUGCGCUAGCACUGGCAAGCCAUCUGCGAAUUGGUACCGGAGGCAGUGGGAUCUGAAGGUCUUGUCUUUGGAUAGGGACGAGUAUGGACCGAAUGCAAAUGGUCCGAUGACGUUCGAUGUGGUUGACAGCUCCAAUCUUUCUGAUCAUGUUGGCGCUUUAAACAUCGUCAUUGCAACGGCUUCGUUGCUGAAGACAGAGCCAUGGGCUACUAUAUAUACAGAGUUUCUUUUGAAACGAGGAAAGUCGCAGCAAGAGGCGUUUGAAAAGGUCCUCUGCGGACAUCCUGCCACUGUUUUACUCCUUUUUGGUGUCAGUCCCGUGCAGUAUUGGACAAACGCAAAGUGUGAAUCUCAUGUCGACGAGGUCUUUCUGGGUAUGAUUGGUGAAGGCUUGCAAACUCCGGAAGCGCAGUUGCACAGUCGUCUGGCGUGGAAGCGAGAUGAUCAGAUGUCGGGGCAGUUGGGAGGCAGGGGGAAGCUUCACAUUGAUACCUCGGCGCUCGUUCGGGUCCUCUUUGACAUCUAUCUGCAGAUGUUCUCGGUGGAGAACUUCAAAGUAAAUGCCAGUUCGAUACUCGAGCGAUCUUCAACAUACACUCACUUUCAUCGGGGGAGUUUUUCCGCAUUUCUGAAAGUCGUUAAGCACCGAGUCAAGACGGAUUGGCCGGCCGUCUGCUCUCAACUACUCGACAGGAUUUCUCAAGACAGAACCCUAGCUCUAUCAACUAACCAGCUUCAAGAGCUUGGGAUCCAAAUGCAUCUGCAAGACGUGAGCACCGAGUCGUGGCUGCUUGGUGAUGGCGACACACUGUCAAAUGGAGGGCCGUUCCGAUUCUGGAAGAAUAUCCCUCUUGCUGUGGCUGUCACAAUAGUUGUUCCUCGACCUGCUAUUGACCGUCUAUACAAGGACUCACAGUCUAGCAAGAUGGCUGCCCCAACACUGCUAGGCUCGCUUCGAGCUGGUCCAGGUUCACCGAAUCAGUGGCACAACAUGUACAGUGACGUUCAUAUCGUCUUUGGAAAAGUCAAGAACUCGCCUGAGGAUGAAAAUACACCCAUAGUGGUUGAACAAGACGAACGAGGGUGGCAAGGCAACUCGCCCCUAAUUGCAUCGUUUGUUGUCCCAACGGCUGCUUUGCAAGUUGAUCCUGCCGACACACGGGUUGGCAUUUGCAUACCGCCCUCAGGCCAAGCUGCCCUCUUGUAUGCUCAAACGCUAGGCAUGGAGAUGACUGUCUUUGAAACAAAGAUUUCAGCCUCUUCCACAGUCUUUAUUACGAAGCUCUUGCCGGGACUUACGGGUCAUCGGAUUGUAUGUGGAGGAAUUCAGAAUUUCAAGGAUUCUGUUGACGAGGCGAGUGGCAAUGUUAGCAACAAGAUCGUGGCGGAAGUACCUGCUUCUGAGUCUGAGGUUACGACGAUAACUGGCCGUGUUGACCUUCUCUCGGAGAAGGGUAAGACACUGCUACAGGACAAAGUCCCAAUCGAAAUUCAGCAACGAGAUCCUUUUGUCAUGGACGUCAUUUUCGGCAAUAAAAAAUUGGUGUGUCCUAUUCGAUUUCCAGUACCGGUCACUCAGGCGGGAAGCCGAUCUAGAGUUGCAAGGAAGUCGGGUUAUGUUGAGGUCAUUGCACCAGUGGCUAGCUCCAAGGACUCAGAAAUCCUUUCAGAUUUCAUCUAUCCUACGAAGCUGGAUAGACAGGGCCUCCCUGCAGCUCUCAAUGCCUCCCACAUGAACCUGGAUGCCCUUCCUGUCCUAGAUGUGGAGCAGAAAGAUAAAAUGCAGUGGCUUGUGACGUUAGCCUCAUUGGAGUUUUCUCCCCGGGAGAAGAAAAUCAGAGAUCAGGCCGAUAAUAAGGAUGGAAUAUCCGAAAACCUACGAGUCAACUUUAAGGAAUCCUUGCUGACCAUGUUCAUGUUGGCGUCUGGCCUUCAGGGAGGGCAAACUGGCAUGUUUGCCAUCAACCACCCCAACAAGGGCGGCAUUCACAUGCUGAUAUUUGUCUCGGGAAUAAGGCUUGACGCAGAUAAUUCCUCUGUGGUGCUGGAUGCGGCUGCGAUUCCUUUUACAAACCAGCUCAUUGCGUCUGGUAAUAUGGAGCAAUUCUUACUACUUAUACGAACACUGGAAUGUGCCACCAUAAAUGUCAACGAUGCGGAGCUCAUUCUAUGGAAGAAAGCCCUCCCGGCUUUGGUAGAGCGCUGUCGCACAUGGAGUCACCGUUCUGACUGCGAAUACAAACGAAGACGAGCAACGGUUCCCUUGAGCAUAGAACCAGGAUAUCAAGUUGUGUGUUCCUGUGGAAAUGGGAAGUUGCCAGAGAACUUCAUCUCAGUCCCAGAGUGGGAGACGGCAGCGCCUAACGCUGUUCGAAUUGCCAUAAGCCCAACCUUUUCGGUGCCUUUGGUUGAGGAUGUUGUUUCCCCUGUUGAUAUGGCGAAAGGCCGAGGACAGUUGGCUGCAACUGAUCGAUGCCGAAGAUGCGGAACGACGGAUGCCAAAGAUGGAGGGUCAUUAAAGAAAUGUAUGAGGUGUCAGGUGGCCAGGUAUUGUUCCGCAGAAUGCCAGAAGAAAGAUUGGAAGAAGCAUCGCAUGGAGUGUAUGGAAGUUGAUGGGUGA